UGCGCGCAGGGUGGCUGCGGGGUCCUGGGGCUCGCCGGCCUCCCCUCCCCCCAUUUGGACUACCUUAUCCGAGCUCACUCCCUAGGGGCAUCUGCUUCCCGCCCGCCCGAUCCCCAGUGUCCCUCCAAGGCGCCCUCUCCCCACUCGCCAGGCCCCGCUGCCUCCUGAAGGUUACGCGGCGCGGCGGCGGGGCGCGGCAGAGCACGGGGGGCACCCGCCCUCGCCGCCGCCCGCGCCGCCGCCCACCCCAGUGCCCGCCGCGCCGGGCCAGCCUGGCUGCCGGCUGCUGCCACCGCAAUCCCGGCUCCUAAAUCAGCUCGGGGAGGCGCCCCUUCCCCCACCCGGCUCCCCGGGCUCCCCGGGCCGCGAUUGGCCGCGCGUGCGCCCCCCAAGCUUGGGCCCCGGCUCCAGCUGCCGCGCCAUUGGCUGCGGGCAUCCGCCAGCCUUUACAUAAGCCCGGGCGCGCUCGAGUGGAGUUGUAUAAAGCGAGCGCGCGGCGUCGGGGCGGGAGGCUCGAGGCCAGCCCGGGACCAGGGCUGGGCGCUGCAAGGCGGCGGCGCCGGCGGCAGAGGCGGCAUCGAGCCCCAGCUCUCCGACGCCCCCAGGCGGUGGGGCUGAGAGAGCCAGAGGAUGACUCCCAGCGCUGACCCGGGCAUGUUCAGGAUGUCUUUGCUCCUGCUGCCGCUGUGGCUUCUGCCUCUCGCUGGGGGAUCUCAGGGGGCUGAGCCCAUGUUCACUGCAGUCACCAACUCCGUUCUGCCCCCAGACUAUGACAGCAACCCCACCCAGCUCAACUACGGGGUGGCAGUGACGGAUGUGGACCACGAUGGGGACUUCGAGAUCGUUGUGGCAGGGUACAACGGCCCCAACCUGGUUUUGAAGUACAAUCGAGCCCAGAAGCGGCUAGUCAACAUUGCGGUGGAUGAGCGCAGCUCGCCCUACUACGCAUUGAGGGACCGGCAGGGGAACGCCAUUGGGGUCACAGCCUGUGACAUCGAUGGGGAUGGCCGUGAGGAGAUCUACUUUCUCAACACCAAUAACGCCUUCUCAGGUGUGGCCACAUACACAGACAAGUUGUUCAAGUUCCGUAAUAACCGGUGGGAGGAUGUCCUAAGUGACGACGUCAAUGUGGCCCGUGGAGUGGCCAGCCUCUUUGCCGGACGCUCCGUGGCCUGUGUGGACAGGACGGGCUCCGGACGAUACUCUAUCUAUAUCGCUAACUAUGCCUAUGGCGAUGUGGGGCCCGAUGCGCUCAUUGAAAUGGACCCUGAGGCCAGUGACCUGUCCCGGGGAAUCCUGGCACUCAGGGACGUGGCGGCUGAGGCAGGGGUCAGCAAGUACACAGCGGGCCGGGGUGUCAGCGUGGGCCCCAUUCUCAGCAACAGCGCCUCAGAUAUCUUCUGUGACAACGAGAACGGACCCAACUUCCUCUUCCACAAUCAAGGCAACGGCACCUUUGUGGAUGCUGCAGCUGGCGCUGGUGUAGAUGACCCUCACCAACAUGGGCGAGGUGUGGCCCUGGCAGACUUCAACCGUGACGGCAAAGUGGACAUCGUCUACGGCAACUGGAAUGGCCCACACCGCCUCUAUCUGCAGAUGAGUGCUCACGGGAAGGUCCGCUUUAGGGACAUUGCCUCGCCCAAGUUCUCUAUGCCCUCCCCUGUCCGAACUGUCAUUGUUGCCGACUUCGACAACGACCAAGAACUGGAAGUCUUCUUCAACAACAUCGCCUACCGCAGCUCGGCAGCCAAUCGCCUCUUUCGUGUUAUCCGCAGGGAGCAUGGAGACCCCCUCAUCGAGGAGCUCAAUCCUGGUGACGCCCUAGAACCCGAGGGCCGGGGUACAGGGGGCGUGGUGACCGACUUCGAUGGAGAUGGCAUGCUGGACCUCAUCUUGUCACAUGGAGAGUCCAUGGCUCAGCCGCUAUCAGUCUUCCGGGGAAAUCAGGGCUUCAGCAACAACUGGUUGCGUGUGGUGCCCCGCACCCGGUUUGGAGCCUUCGCCAGGGGUGCCAAGGUUGUACUCUACACCAAGAAGAGUGGGGCGCACCUACGGAUCAUUGAUGGGGGCUCCGGUUACCUGUGUGAGAUGGAGCCUGUGGCACAUUUUGGCCUGGGAAGGGAUGAAGCCAGCAGUGUGGAGGUGACAUGGCCAGACGGCAAGAUGGUCAGCCGCAGUGUGGCCAGCGGGGAGAUGAACUCGGUGUUGGAGAUCCUCUAUCCCCGGGAUGAGGACAAACUUCAGGACACAGCCCCACUAGAGUGUGGACAAGGAUUCUCCCAGCAGGACAAUGGCCAUUGCAUGGACACCAACGAAUGUAUCCAGUUCCCCUUCGUAUGCCCUAGAGACAAGCCCGUGUGUGUCAACACCUAUGGGAGCUACAGGUGCCGGACCAAUAAGAGAUGCAAUCGGGGUUAUGAGCCCAAUGAAGACGGCACAGCCUGUGUGGCUCAAGUGGCCUUUUUAGGUGGGUAUUCUUCGGCUGCCUUUAGAAUCUCUGAGACUCUCUCUCAAGCCUCAUAUCUUUUGCUAGGCCUUGGACUUUGCCUUCAGUUAUAUGCACUUUAAAUUCCAUCAAUAAAGGAAAAAAAAAAAACAAAACUCACAACCUUUGUGGAAAACUAUAUCUCUCCUGCUGCCUACCUCUCUCCACACCCAAUAGAUUCUGCCACAUGCUCCUUCGAGUGGACAGUGGGGGUGGCCAUCUUUGAGAAGGGAAGUUUGGGAAAUGCUGGAGUGACCCUAGUUGUUUGUGAAGCCUUUCUUUGCAUGUUUUCUGAGAAAACAGAAAAGGAAAGUGUCUCCUCUACCCCAUCCCUUGUUCCUUCCGAAGAACCAGGACAGUCUAGUCAUUUCUGUAUCUUUGUGAGCGUCUUAUUUUGCCCUUAACAAAGAUGGCUCCCAGGCGGUUGCUUGCUGAGUUGAUUCAGUGAUGUAUCAUGUGCCUGCUCCUUUGGCCUGUGCUGUUGCUGCUUUGUACAACCUGAUUUCCUAUGAUUAUGAAAGCCUUAUUGCGUUGGUGGUGGUGAUGGGAAGGGGAAGGGUGGCCCUUUGGGGCUCUUGAUAAAAAUGCUUAAGUUUGAACGU